UGGUGGUAUUGUCGGUAAUGAAAUGAAAGGUAUUACCGGUAUUAUACAGUUUGUAUAUGGAAUUUCAACCUAACAAACACGAAAAGUCUACCAGUCGUUAUACCAGAAAAUUGCGUUCGAAGUGUCACACGUCUGGCUCAUAUUGUUUUUUUUGAUGGACGCUUCGUGUGUACAAACAUUCGAUAAAUAAACAAAAUUUGUGAACAAUUGCCGUAAAUCAUAAAUUCAAACUAUUCUCAAAGUAAACAAACUUAAUCAUGAUGAUGCCACGGAGAGGAGGUGGGAAAAGAAUCCGAAUGGAUGAUCCCAUUCCACCUGAUUGUGAAGACGAACCAUUCCAAAUGCCGAGCACAAGCGAACCACAAUUAAACGAGAGCUUCUCGGACGAACAUGGUGAAGGCGACUCACCCACAACGAAAGCCGGUCGCAUGACUCGUUUGCGAGCACGAGGUGGUGUCCGAGAUCGACCGCCCAUCAUUGACGACGAUGACGAAGAUAUGUUCCGUGUUGCUCCGAUAGUUGUUCGAGCAAAACGUAAAGUGGGACGCAAACCGGCUGCCGAAAAACCACCGAAAGAACCGAAGGAAGUUGUCGAAAAGGUUGUGGACAAGGAGCGCGAUGUGACUCACGACGAGUCCAGUUUGUACUACAUUGUUCGACAUUCCAAGUCGCCGAUUACCAGCAUUGUCGACGACUGGAUUGAACAAUAUAAAUUGGAUCGACAGAAUGCAUUGUUGAAUUUGAUGCAAUUUUUCAUCAAUUCCAGCGGAUGCAAAGGACACAUUACCAGUGACAUGCAGGAGUUCAUGGAACACACAGCAAUCAUUCGAAAAAUGACCGAAGAGUUCGAUGAAGAGAGUGGCGAAUAUCCGCUGAUAAUGCCCGGUCAACAGUGGAAAAAGUUCAAAUCGAAUUUCUGUGAAUUCGUUGAAACGCUGGUGCGGCAAUGUCAAUAUUCGAUAAUCUACGAUCAGUUUCUGAUGGAUCACGUCAUAUCCCUGUUGACCGGAUUGUCGGAUUCGCAGGUUCGAGCGUUUCGUCACACAGCUACGUUAGCUGCAAUGAAAUUGAUGACUGCCCUGGUGGACGUCGCACUGCUUGUCUCAGUGAAUUCGGACAAUGCCAGUCGGCAAUAUGAAACGGAGCGACUGAAGACUCGCGACAAACGGGCUUCCGAACGUCUCGAAUCACUCAUGGCCAAACGAUCAGAACUGGAGGAAAAUAUGGAAGAGAUCAAAAGUAUGUUGACCUACAUGUUCAAGUCGGUGUUCGUGCACCGAUAUCGUGACAGUUUACCCGAUAUCCGAGCGAUUUGCAUGACAGAGAUCGGUGUGUGGAUGAAACGUUACUCCAAAAAUUUCUUGGACGACUCGUACUUGAAAUACAUCGGUUGGACGCUACACGAUAAGGUUGGCGAGGUGCGAUUAAAAUGUCUGCAGGCAUUGCUGCCGUUGUAUGAUGACGAAGUGUUGAAGGGGAAACUGGAAUUGUUUACGUCGAAAUUCAAAGAUCGCAUUGUUGCGAUGACGCUUGACAAGGAGUUCGAUGUUGCUGUGCAAGCCGUUAAGCUGGUUAUAAGCAUUUUGAAAAUUCAUCCGGACGUUUUGACCGACAAAGAUUGUGAAAUCGUCUACGAAUUGGUUUAUUCAUCCAAUCGUGGUGUUGCACAAGCAGCUGCUGAAUUUUUGAAUGUUCGCCUGUUCCGUUUGGAGGAAGGCAUCGAAACAGUACAAACUAAGAAGGGUAAAGCACGCCUUCCCAACACUCCGCUCAUCCGGGAUCUGGUCCAGUUUUUCAUUGAAUCUGAGCUCCAUGAACAUGGCGCCUACUUAGUGGACUCGUUCAUCGACAGUAAUCCCAUGAUCAAAGACUGGGAAUGUAUGACUGAUUUGCUGUUGGAGGAGCCAGGUCCGAUGGAAGAAACAUUGGACAAUAAACAAGAGUCGACGCUGAUUGAAUUGAUGGUUAGUGCGGUGAAACAGUGUUCGUCUGGCGAACCACCGGUCGGACGUGGAAAUAAUCGAAAGACUGCACUGACGACAAAGGAAAUCAAACAAGUUGCCGACGAUAAGCAGAAAAUGACGGAACAUUUCAUUCAACAUCUACCGGAUCUGUUGGAACGUUACAGUGCCGAUGCCGAAAAGUUGACCAAUCUGCUGGCCAUUCCCCAGUUCUUCGAAUUGGAGAUUUACACGACUUCGAGACAGUUGCAUAAAUUGAAAGCGCUGCUGGAAAUUCUUGGCAAAAUAAUUUACGCACACACCGAUCCCGAUGUGCUGGAGACUUGCGCCAAAACCUUGGAGUGUCUGUGUACCGAAGGAACGGCCAUUUAUACAACUUGUGAUAUUGAACGAUCGAACAUAAUUGACGAAUGUGUCAAACGAUACAUGGAGGCUAUUGACGAAUGGAGGAAUCUCAUCGAAGGUGAAGAAAUUCCGGACGUUGACGAUGUAUCGAACGUAACCAUCGGUCUGCGUAAAGUGUCCAUUCUGUAUUCGUGUCACAAUCUGAACGCUUGCGGUCUAUUCAAUUCAUUGUUCAAAGACAUUGACGAAUAUCGAUCUGGUGUGAUUGGCGAUAAAGGACUGUCAGCUGAUGCACUGGUCUACUGCAUCGACUCCUGUUUCUUUUCGAUAUCAUGGGGUCUCUACUAUCUGGAAAACGUUUGCGAAAAAUCGUCCUUCUUCGACACAAUCACCGAACUUCGUACUAAUUUGCACAAAUUUAUGAGCACGUGCACGGAGCUGGUCCGAAGUAGUCAAAAUGCUCAGAUUCAAGCGGCUGCUUUCAAUUCCAUAUGCGACCUGUUGAUCACAUUUUCCGAUCAAUUGAGUACGGACAAUUUGGCACUCAGGGAUCUCGAGUACGUGGCAUCGGUCAGUCAGCAACAAGUUUUAAACGAUUUUGUGCAGAACAAUGUUUUCUCAACGCAACAGGAAGACGGGCCAGAUGAAUCUCGAAUCGAGAAAUUGCACAAAAGGAGAAAUUUUCUCGCUGCUUACUGUAAGCUCGUCGUUUAUAAUAUGAUUCCAGUGAAAGCUGCUGCUGGCAUAUUCAAGCAUUACGUGAAGUACUACAAUCAAUACGGCGACAUAAUCAAGUUCACCGUGGGAAAAGCUCGUGAAAUAAACAAAAUCAAUUGUGCGUUAACAAUGUGCAUAAGCUUAGUGUCAACGUACAAAGAAAUCCAACAGACUUACGAUUCCAUCUACGUUUCGAAGAGCUGUCAGGAAUUCACCGAUUUGAAGGAAUUGGCUAAGCGAUUCGCUCUGUCGUUCGGACUGGAUGCGAUUAAAAAUCGUGAGGCGGUCAUUGCACUCCAUCGAGCCGGAAUUUUAUUCGCCGUUACGCAUAGUAAUGAGUCAGUUGACGAUCCGACAUCAUCACCGCCGUGCCUACUGUUUCUGGAAAUUCUGAAUGAAUUCACCAACAAGCUGUUGAAGCAAGACAAGCGGGUGGUUUUGAAUUUCUUGGACCGACGCGUUGCAUCUGGAAUGCCAUCCAGUCGCGGUGAGGAUUGGCAACCGCUGGUACUGUACCGAAAUUCGUUGUUACAUGGUGAAACCGAUCAAGUGCCGGUGACAUCGAAACGAGCCUACACUCGAAAGCAAAGGAAAGAUCAUCAUAAUGAUGAUGAGGACGACGACAAUGACGAUGAUGAUGCGGAUGCAGAUCCGGAUUUCAGAGGUUAGGAAGAACCGUAAAGGCCAGCAUUAAUUUCGUCUAUUUAUUACAUUGUACUAGUGUUCUCAGUCAAUAGACCAAUCAAGUGUCGUUAGAUAUUCUUUCGUGUAAUUAUUGAAAACUCUACAAUAAAUGUAAUUUCA